CCGCUAAUGCUUCCGCGUGAGCGCAUCACGGGGAAGGCCGAGCAUGAGGAGACCUUUGCAGCUUUGCUCCAGCCCUGUGUUCGGCUGGUGAAGCGUGUGCUGCUCGCAGCAGCAGCCAGCAGCAGCGCGCAGCAGCCUAGCAGCCACACCUCCCCCUCCUAGCAGCCGAACGGCAGCAGCAUCCCGCAGCAGCCGGAAGCAGCCCGGUAGCCGGCAGCCGAACACGCAUCUUAGCCGGCAGCCGAACACGCAUCUUCCGGCAGCCGGAAGCAGCCGAAGCAGCCCAAAGUAUCGGUCACUUUGUUCGGCUGGCUGCUGGAGGCUGGUGCUGGUUUGUUGUGAGAGAAAAUUACUGUUAGUUGGUUGGUGGCUGGUAGCUGGUAGCUGGUGCUGGUUUGGUGUGAGAGAAAAAUACUGCUGGCUGGUACUGGAGCAUAAGAGAAUUAGUAUAGCUAGCUUUCCCUUGUCCCCCAACUCCGGCGGCGGCGCGGAAGGCUUCCGGUCGGUCUCCGCCUCUCUUUUGGCGCCAAAUCCAUCCGCCCCUCCGAUUCCGGGCCUUCCAGUUUUGUCAGGUGCCAACAGUUGAGAAUGGUACUGAAGCGCCUGAGGAGAUGCUGCUGUUGCAGUGCAAAGCACACUGAUGGCGAGGACAAGAUUGAUUAUGGGGGUGGCAAUGUUCAUGUCAUUACAAGCAAAGAAAACUGGGACCAAAAAAUUGAAGAGGCAAACAAGGAUGGGAAAAUUGUGGUUGCGAAUUUCAGUGCUUCCUGGUGUGGGCCGUGCCGGGUCAUCUCAACUGUUUAUGCUGAGAUGUCGCAGACGUACCCACAGCUCAUGUUCUUGGCAGUCGAUGUCGACGAGUUAAUGGAGUUCAGCUCGUCGUGGGACAUCCGGGCGACACCGACGUUCUUCUUCCUGAAGAACGGGCAGCAGGUGGACAAGCUGGUCGGCGCCAACAAGCCCGAGCUUGAGAAGAAAGUCGCCGCGGUCGCCGGUGGCAGCGUGGCACCUGACGCCAAGUGACAGGACGACGGUGUGGGCUGAUAUCAUAUCAACAUUCAUCGACCAGCCCGUGCAAAACUCGUUCUACCCGUGCAUGAGCUUGUUUUUCGCCCCGUUGCGUAGCCGCAUUGAUCUGUGUGAUAGCUUCCCCGAUGUGUAGACUGUACAGCUCCUUCUUGGUGAUGACGUAAGCAUGUAAGUAUUGGUUUCUGUGGUAGUAAGUUCAUUGUGUUGCUAUU